CCUACUGUGGCCGCUCUAAGCAGACGAGCUGCUCCCUCCAGAGCUGUGUGUGGUCUAGUCCAGGACUGUCCCACCUCUGCGCUGCGAGCUGGUAGGUGGAGACGCCCCAUUCGAUCGAGACCUACUCACCUAGCAUCGGUCGGUCGGGGCGAUAGUGGCCCAGCUGUCGAGCCUGCGAUAACACGACUGAUAACGCCGCCAACGCCGGUCGCGAACCGCGUGAGGGACGCUAGCGUCGGUGACUGGCAGCGACCGCUGGGCAGUGGUGACCGUCCCUUACGGCGCCAAGGGUCAGGGACGGACUGUGAUAGUGCCAGAGUCAGGACUCCGACUACGAGUUCGUGAUAGUGAAGAGUCAAGAAAGUGACUACGCGAAUACCAGGAUAGUGAGUCAGUUGAAGCAUCUGGCGGAAUGAUAUCGAGUUUGUGAUUGUGUCCCGACGCACAUUGCAUUGUGAGUCAUUGACAGCACAGUGUCGGGAAAGUGUUGCGAAUCUGACAGUGCGUAGAAACAGUGAUUCCGUAGAAGUCCCGAGCUGAGAACAGUGAACAGGAACAGUGAAACCGUGACAAGAUUGGUGUCGGACGCCGGGGCUGUGCUUUGUCGGGCUCUCAGCGAAGGCGUAUCUGCUGUGCCCGUUAUCCGCAGAGGUAGUGGCUGUGUGCUUAUGUGAGGCUGUGGCAGCGGCAGUGUUCCAGUAACAGGGCCACCAGAGGCCGUGUGCUGGUGAAAAGUGAGUGCCGCAGCGGCUGUGGCGCUCCCCUGAGCCGCGGCGGGUCGAUCACCUGCCCGCCCGCCGCCGUUAUGUCUCAGAAGUACCGUGCCGAGUACUGCAGCUCGGACGACCCGGACGAUGUCGACGAGCCGACCAACUGCUGCACGCACUCGGAGCCGUUCCGGCCGAGCUGCUGGGACUUCAGCGUGCCGUUCCUCUACGUGGCCUCCAUGGCGGCCAGCCUGCUCAGCACCAUCCCCAUGGGCCGGGUGACGUUCAUCUGGCAGAACCGCGCCGGCCCGGCCAACCACGCCAUCUGCCCGCUGCACGCGGCCGCGCGCGACCGCGAGCACUGGGGUCAGUACGGCUCGGCGGCCUGCUACGCGGCCACCUUCCUGCCCGUGGCGCCGCUGGCCAUCGCGCUCUGCCUGUGCGUCUACCAGCUGGCGGCCGUGGUGUACGCCGAGCGGAGUCGGCAGCGGCGCUCGCCGGCCGGCGACACAGCCGUCCUGGUCGCCACACUCGUGGCCACCGUCCUGUGUCUGGCGGAGGCCGGUGUCCUCACAGAUGGCGUGCGCAACACCUGCCUCGGAUUUCAGAUGGAGGACUUCGUGUAUGAGGCGCGGGUCCGCUUCAGCAGCGUCGACGAGGUGCUCUCGUGCCGGCAGGGAUUCGACAUGCGGGACCGUGACCACAUGAUCACGGCGAUGAACACCUACGGCCAGCUGAUGGCGGCGCUGGCCGGCAGCUGGCUGAACGCGGCGCUGUGGCUGGCGCUACUCACCGCCGCGCUGCGCCGCGCCUGUCACUGGUGCGGCCAGUGCGGCGGCGCCACUAGCACCGGCCGCGCGCCCAUCAAGGUGGUUCGCAGGAGACGGGGCUCCCAGUUCACUGACGAGUUCCCCGAGAUCGCCAGACAGCGCCGCGAGUCGUGGGUGUGAGCUGGGGAGGCGCCGCGAGUCGUGGGUGUGAGCUACAGAGGCGCCGUGGAAAUGACUGUGCGGACGGUUGUUGCCAUGGAUGCACUGCCGCACUAAUGUACGGUAUGAAAGACAGGGACGCUGCAGGGCCGAGCUCCAAGCGACGGGUCACAUAGAGGCAGCAGACCAUCUCCUUCCUUGGGAGUUACUCCCGUGGCUAGUGAACGAGUCACGGUGAUGACAGAUCACAAGGGCGUCGCAAGUCACAGUACUUGAAACGGGCACUGAAGAUACUGAAACUGACUGGCAAGGAUACGGCGAUCCCAGUUUGAACGGCAGUCGGCAGGAUCGCCGAGACGACCGCUCCUCUUGACGUGUUAUGACAGCUCGGUUAUUCGCGAUGUCGACUGCCAGAAAUAUGGAUUGGUUACGAGUGACGCCAGCUGGGCUUGCUCAAACCCCCGGCUCGGCAGCAGCUUCGAGUGAUGUCGGCUCUCGAUAGUGACGGCAGUGACGUGCUGUGAUGGGUGACGUGGGAACAUGCCGCUCAAAUGACUCCUCUUCCGUCGACACGGUGGUCUAUGAUUGCGAGUUGCUACUAGUGCGAUGCGAUUCCACCAUUGUUCGAGCAGUGGCCAGUGCGUCCGUCUCGUCUUCUGGUUUGGAUGUUGUGGGACUGUAUAGAGCGCGGGACGUGCAUUUGGAACCGAUAUAGGUGAUUUCACCAGUUAACAUCAAACCGUUACUUAGCUGUGAAACGUUUGUUGUCAUUUAGUUUCGGGCCGUCACCUACCCAUUUCUAGCACAUGUAAAUCCAGAAUCGACUUUCGUGCACCGCCAUUCGUCAGAUCAGUGGCCCAGACUGCCGUAAUGGUCGGUUAUGUACCGCCUCACUUACUGCCGAGCAAGGAUCAUGAACUAUUUUGUGC